UCAUUGCAUAAAGACUUUAAAAGAAGUUUUUACUCAUCAGUUACGAAUAAGUAAUGAAAAAAGAUAACUGGAAACUAUAAACACUUUAUCAUUAGCCACCAAUUGAUAAGCAUAUAACAAUUAUUAACUUGCAUGUUCACAUACAAUUCCACAAAGUUACAGAACAUCUGAAAGAGAGAAUCACACAAUCACCAGUUUGUACGACAAGGUACCUUCCCUUCAUAACCUGUUCUUAUCUCUUGCAUUCCUUCUUUUAUUUCUCACAAAAUAAUAUUCAUCUUUCCUGCAGAUGGAACACUGUACCAACGAUCCCCUUCCAAUCACUCUUUGCAAAGGCGGCCUUGGAUCUCAUGACGAACUAAAUCACGACAGUGAGGAAAAUCAAUCUAACAAUAAAGAGCUAACCACAAAGCAUACAAGGAUGCUUCCACGUCUAAUUCCUUUGAGAAUGCGUGCAGAAUCUUUACAAGGAAAGAGAAAGGAACAAACUCCGAGUGAACAAGAUGCAAAAUCAAUAUACUCCAGUGGAUGUUUGCAUGAAUUGACGCUUGCGAUAUUAGGUUGCAUUGAGAUAGAAGUACAAGCAAGUAAAGGAAAUGCUUUUGCAAACGAGCAGAGGUUCUACAAGGACAUUCUGAAUACCAUAUAUCAUGCAUUGGAAAAUGCAUGCCAGACUGCCAUCACAGAUCUCAAGAACACAUGCAGGGUUCAGGUUGAUGAUCCAAAUUACACAGGAGUUGUGGCUCAAUGAAGAAAACCUCAUGUAGCCACAACCUUU